AUUUGUGGCGAGUUUGUGAUUUCUUCACGAUGUCGCACAAAUGGAACCACAAUUUUCCGAAAAUUGCACGUGAAGCAGGUUUCGCGAUUCGUGAGCUCUCCGUCGGUCACUGCAUCGACUGGAGAUUCAUUGCUUCCAUCGAUCCGUACUCUAUCGUAAGUGAGAGGGACUACGAAAAGCUGGACGAGUUUAUUCCGCACAUUUCGGAGGUUCCCAUCGGAAGUGUGCUGAACAAUCGGAUUUUGGAUCCGGCCAUCGGGAAGUACUUCGUUUUAGCUCAGUUUAGCGUGCAGUAUUUGCUGUUUUGCAAGCAGUUUUUGGACGAGACCGUGAUGGAGAUCCGGAAUACGGCCCAGGACGUGCAGAAGGAGAAUGCCCGAUUGGAGAAGAUUUGUCGCAAGAAAAACGACGAGUUGAUGACGUUGCAUCGGCGAUUACAACGCGCUGAGAACGUCCAAAUUCAGCAGCAUGCCGUUUACCCUUGUUCAAAGUGUACGAAGAACUUUAUAAGCUCGGAACUGCUGCACUCGCACAUGGUUCGAAAGCAUGGCGUUAGCCAUGAACCGGAACCGAGCGUGACCGCCGGUAGGAAGCUGUCCGAAACGGAUUCAAACCUGAUCAAUACGAUCAAGCUGGAGUUGGAGGUGAAACAGCUGAAGGAAAGACUGAACGUGGCGGAGAAGGACUUGAUGGACCAGCGCAGCCGAGAUCAUCGUUGUCACAGUUGUGAGAAAGAUAGACCGAAGGAGCGGGAACAGCCGGAGCAGAGCAAACAAGUGCCGAUUGAGGUUAAGAGCAUUGCUAUCCAAAGUAAUCUGGAAGACUUCAAAGACGUCAACGAAAAGGAAGUCCAAACGAGCAUCCGCAGCAAAACGCCCGAGACGCCUCCGAGGUUGUCCCCGAUCCAACGACUCACCCCGUCCCCAGUCCCCUUAGAUUACAUCUCCAAAUCCGACCUGGAGGCGAUCGUCCGCGAACAGAAGGAACAGUUUGAAGCGUGGAAGACGCUCGAGCGGGAAAAGUUUAACGGCGAAAUCGAGCAAGUUCGGCGAAAUUUGACCGCAGCGAUCCACGAGCUGGAGAAGCGACCCGCGCCGAUUCCGGAACAGCGCCACGUCCACGACGAGGAAGACGACCGCAUCUGGAAGCAGCGAUACCACGAGCUGGAACGGAUGUACGAAAACAGCCAGCGACAGGUGCGUGAGACGGUGCAGAACGUGGAGGCCGUCUACGAGGAUAAAUUUAAACAGUUGGAGCGGCGAAUGGAGCGGAAAGAAGCUGCCGUUGAGACUCGACGGGAGGAGAGCAAAGUUUUGUUGCCACCACCUGAACAGGAGCAGCAGGUCGAAUCGGAGAUUGAUGAGGCCAUCGAGGAGCAUGGCUCGGCUUCGGAAGAGCCUGCGCAAACGGAGAGUGACGACGAAAUAAGGGCACUUGAAGCGGCGAAAGCUCGAUUUUUGGCCAAGAUUGCCGUUGAACCACCCCCGGAGGUUUCGCACGAGGUGCCACAGAAACCGGAGAGAAAGCUAAUUUCGCCAAAGAAGCAGAUCAUGAACACUUUCAAGACGCGCUUGAAGUCACUUGGGAUUGACCCGAAAGCCAAGUCGCUUCCAAAGGAUGAUCUGAAUACGGUCGCGGAAGCGAUGGCCGAGCGGAGAGAUGUCAACCGAAAGAAAAAUCGUGGGUUCUUCAUCACAAGAAAUCAGUUGUUGGCAAAGGUGGAUCAGAUUGCGAAGGGAAAAAUUGGCGAAUCGAGCAAACAACUUUCAAAAUCGGAAGAUUUGCCGGUCAUCAAGAAGAAAGAAUCCGCUCCGCAGCCGGUUCCAAAAUUCCGCUCUUCACUCCAAACGCCUUCCGAAAUUCUGCCCGACAGACCGAACGCCCUGAAAACGACGACCUCUAACGCAAACCUGUUCAAAAUUAAAUCCGUCGGGCCAAACUCAAACUUUCUGUCCGUUCCGGAAGUCAAACAUGCCAACAGCAACGACGAAAUCCUAACCGUCCAAGCGGAAAUCAACGCCUUGCCGCCUUCCCUGCGAACCUCCCCGCGAGCCUCAUUCUCCGAGUACGAACGCCACCUGGAACGGUUGCUGGACACGCCCAUCAAACAGGUCGGCACCCCACCCGACCUCAUAACCGUCGAAGGCCGCAAGGAAGCGGACCAAUCCGAUUCAAGCGAUUUAAACGCGGCAAAACCCGUUCCAAGAAAGCGUGUUUUGUUCAACCUGGACAAACAAGGUAGCGGCACAACGGACGCGGUUCCAAUCGGGCCGACGCUCUCCUCAACGGUCAUCCACGUAUCCAAGGCAGACGAAGAAUCCGACUGGAACAUUAGCAGUUUCGAAGAUGAGAAAUAAAAGAAAAAGUACUUCCAUUUUUUUUCGGCUUAUUCAAAGAAAAACUUGUGACAU